AAUCAGGCACGCGUCUGGAGAGGAGAGGCCGGCUUCCGGGAUCUGGCGGGGCCUUUGUCCAGACAGAGUUCCACUUCCUGUCCCCGCCGCUCUGCGUCCUCUGCUGGCCGCUGGCCGUGUGACCCGACCCGCAGGCACCGGGAGAUCCAGAAGUGAAACGUCAGGCCCCCUGGAGACCAAGAGAUGACACUGUUGACGUUCAGGGAUGUGGCCAUAGAAUUCUCCCUGGAGGAGUGGAAAUGCCUGGACCCUGCUCAGCAGAAUUUGUACCGGGAUGUGAUGUUGGAGAACUACAGAAACUUGUUCUCCAUUGGUCUCACUGUCUCUAAGCCAGGCCUGAUCACCUGCCUGGAGCAAAGAAAAGAGCCCUGGAAUGUGAAGAGACAGGAGGCAGUAGACGGACAUCCAGCUAUGUCUUCUCAUGUUACCCAAGACCUUUUGCCAGAGCAGGGCAUACAAGAUGCAUUCCCAAAACCAAUACUGAGAGGUUAUGGAAAUUGUGGCCUUGAUAAUUUACAUUUAAGGAAAGACUGGGAAAGUUUAGAUGAGUGUAAGUCGCAAAAAGAUUAUAAUGAACUUAACCAAUGUUCAUCAACUACCCAUAGCAAAAUCUUUCAAUGUAGUAAAUAUGUUAAAAUCUUUAAUAACUUUUCAAAUUUGCAUAGACAUAAUAUAAGUAAUACUGGAGAGAAACCUUUCAAAUGUCAAGAAUGUGGCAGAUCCUUUCAAAUGUUCUCAUUCCUAACUGAACAUCAGAAAAUUCACACUGGAAAAAAAUUCCAAAAAUGUGGAGAAUGUGGCAAAACCUUUAUCCAGUGUUCACACUUUACUGAACAUGAGAACAUUGACACUGGAGAGAAACCUUACAGAUGUCAAGAAUGUGACAAAGUUUUUAAAACUUGCUCAGUCCUUACUAAAAAUAGAAUUUACGCUGGAGGGGAACAUUACAAAUGUGAAGAAUUUGGCAAAGUAUUUAACCAGUACUCCCACCUUACUGAACAUGAACGUGGUACUGAGGAAAAACCCUGUAAAUAUGAAGAGUGCAGCAGUGUCUUUAUAUCUUGCUCAAGCCUUUCUAAUCAACAGCUGAUUCUUGCUGGAGAGAAGCUCUCCAAAUGUGAAACAUGGUACAAAGGUUUUAACCACAGCCCACAUCCUUCCAAACAUCAGAGAAAUGAGAUCGGAGGGAAACCUUUCAAAUGUGAGGAAUGUGACAGCAUCUUCAAAUGGUUCUCAGACCUUACUAAACAUAAGAGAAUUCACACUGGUGAGAAACCAUACAAAUGUGAAGAAUGUGGGAAAGCCUAUACGCAGUCCUCACACCUCAGUGAACACAGGAGGAUUCACACCGGAGAGAAACCCUACCAGUGUGAAGAAUGUGGGAAAGUCUUCAGAACUUGCUCAAGCCUUUCUAAUCACAAGAGAACUCAUUCUGAAGAAAAACCCUACACGUGUGAAGAAUGUGGCAACAUCUUUAAGCAGUUAUCAGACCUCACUAAGCAUAAAAAAACCCAUACUGGAGAGAAACCCUACAAAUGUGAUGAAUGUGGAAAGAACUUUACCCAGUCGUCCAACCUUAUUGUACAUAAGAGAAUUCAUACUGGAGAGAAACCCUACAAAUGUGAAGAAUGUGGCAGAGUCUUUAUGUGGUUCUCAGAUAUUACCAAACAUAAGAAAACCCAUACUGGAGAGAAACCCUACAAAUGUGAAGAAUGUGGAAAGAACUUUACCCAGUCCUCAAACCUUAUUGUACAUAAGAGAAUUCAUACUGGAGAGAAACCCUACAAGUGUGAAAAGUGUGGCAAAGCCUUCACCCAGUUCUCACACCUGACUGUACAUGAAAGCAUUCAUACUUGAGAAAAAAAUAAAUAUAAAAAUAGGCAUAGCCUUUAGUAUCUGCUUGCAUCCUACUUUACAUCAGUUUGGACGUAACAAAGUUAUAAAUUUAAUUACUAUUGAAAGACCUUUCAUGAAAUAUAAGUCUCCAGAGCACACAAGAGUAUUUCUUCUGAAAAGAAAAAGUUACAAUUAUAUUUUAUACUAGUUGGAAGACUUGCAACAGUUGCUUAAACUUCCAGAGAAUUUGUAGAGAAACCCAACAAAUAUCAUAACUGUGGAAUAACAUUUGUUGAAAAAUGAUAGCUUAGAAAACAUCAGAGUUCAUACUAAAAGAUAUUUUGCAAAUACAGUAAAUGGAAAAAAUAAGCAAAAUUCAAUUUAAGUACACAUUGGAGGAUUUGGAGAAGAGAGGAAUAGAGCACGGACACGUUCGGAAAUGACAGUGAAUCUGUGUGUUGGGUCUACAGAGACAUCUCGACUUGAAAUAGAUCAUUCAUUCUUAUUCAAGUUUAAAAGGAGGAUGAGACUGAGUGUUUGUAGAGUUAUCAUUACAUUCAAAAUACACUUUUUUGCAUUGAAAAAUGUUAAAUUUUUGAAAAGCAAAUAUUGAUGUCUUUUAAUCCUCAAAUCAGUUCAUGCUGUGUCUUCAUUUCUAGUGCUGAUGUGAAAACACAUGGUCAGUUGUUGCUGCAUCAGAGAUAUGAGAAAUUCUCUUCUAUUAGGUGUGCAUCACUGAUAUACUUGUCCAUGAAAGGUGAAAGGCACUGAAAUGUAAGAUGUGUGAGUAAAAUCUUGGUAGAGAGGUUCUUUGUGGUUGUUUUAUAUACUUGUAAGUGAUUUAUGAGCUAGGUGUUUAGAAUAAUACUCUUCUGUUAGGAUCACCCUGACCAGAGCAUUCCCUUCCCCUCCCACAGGCCUUACAAUACAGUCCCUUGUGCUCUCCACACAGCUACCCCAUGGCAAAAGACAAACCCCCACUUCACCGUCUCCUCCAGUAACUGUCCAGACAGUUACAGGAUGCAGUUAACGUGUCUGUUCACCUCGCAUAACAAAGCUGGCAAAAAACAUCUCCAGGAUGCGGACAAGACACUAGCACCCCCAGCUCAGCUCCCCCACCCCGACCCAGUUCUCCUGCACCCCCAACUCAGCUCCCCAGCCCCGACCUGGUUCUGGCCCUAUAAAACCCUGCUAUAGUCUGUAAGCGGAGUCGCCUCCUCUAACUGGCAGAGCAGCCAAGCAGCUCAAUGAAGCUUGCUUGCCUG